GGUGGCACGGUGGAACAAUUGUAAAGUGUUGGCCUCACAGUUCUGAGGACUUUCUCCGGUUUCCCAAAACAUAUGUUCAUUGGAGACUUAAAUUGCUCACAGGUGUGAUUGUGAGUGCAACUGUCGUCUGUCUCCGUGUGCUCUGCGAUUGGCUGGCAACCAGUUCAGAGCGUACCCCGCGUCCUGCUCGAUGACGGGCGGGAUGGACUCCGGCACUCCUGUGACCCUCGUGAGGAUAAGCGGCUCAGAAAAUGGAUGGAUGAAAAAAAAAAAAAACACUGAAACUUACAGGAAAAAAAACUCUGAAAGAAAAUGUGUAAAAAGUUGAGUUAUAGAAAUAAAACUGAGCCUUUGAGGAAAAACAACAGGGAGUAGAGUAGGAUGAACGGUUCCAUAGCGAGCCUGAACUUCUAGCAUAGUUUAGCUAGGAUAGGAUAGCCUCGCCUGCUGUUCUGAUGAUGCUGCUUCUCCUUUCACAAUGGACGACAAAACAUAUAAAAUGAAGAAUAAGCAUAGCAGUGCUCCAGUGAGCGUGAGGAGACGUUUGUGGUCAUGGCAACACUAUCUGAACCAGCAAAAUGCUGAUGCUGCUCCUCUGGAGCUCUUUACACAGUUUCAGGCGUUUCCUCCAAAAAGAAGCACUUUUAAAGUUGGAAUGAAGUUGGAGGGAAUUGACCCGCUGCAUCCUUCCAUGUUCUGUGUGAUGACUGUUGUCGAGGUGAUUGGCUGCCGGCUGCGCGUACACUUUGACGGCUACUCAGAGUGCUAUGACUUCUGGGUAAACGGCAACUCACCUGACAUCAGACCGGCGGGCUGGUGUCGCAGCAACAAACGCAGGCUUCAACCGCCCAGAGGUUACAGUGAGAGCGAUUUUGAUUGGUCGCUGUAUCUGCAGUCUACUGGAGCUCAGGCCGCACCCCCGAGCCUCUUCACCUGUCGCACGGCCUCAUGCGACUUCCACGUGGGCAUGAAGAUGGAGGCGGUGGAUAAAAAAAAUCCAGCCCUCGUCUGUGUGGCGUCGGUCGCCGAUGUCGUGGACGAUCGCGUCCUCGUUCAUUUCGACAACUGGGACAACUCUUACGACUACUGGUGCGAGAGCAGCAGUCCUUUGAUUCGUCCCGUCGGCUGGUGUCAAGAAAACGGACGAGCUCUGACGGCGCCGCACGCUCACCCCGACCCCGAGAACUUCACCUGGGAGGAAUACCUGCGAGAAACGGCUUUAGACGCCGCUCCCAGAUCAGCUUUUACCACGAGAGCGCCGCACGGUUUUCAGAUCAACCAAAGACUGGAGGCGGUCGAUAAGAGGAACCCCAUGCUGAUUCGUGUUGCCACAGUAACAGCCACAGAAGACUACAGAGUCAAGGUUCACUACGACGGCUGGUCUCAUCAGCUUGACGUGUGGUGUGACAAUGACCUCGCUGACCUCCAUCCAGUGGGCUGGUGUCAACGCACAGGUCAUCCGCUGGAGGUGCCGCCGGAGCGGUCCACGUCCCUCUCCCACUCUCAGGGGGUGUGUCCUACACCGGGCUGCCGAGGAGUGGGACACAUCAAAGGACCAAAAUACACGGGACACCACAGCGCCUUCGGAUGUCCAUACUCGGAUAUUAAUAUUCGUAAGGAGUUGCUGCUUCCCGAUAGGCUCGGAGGAGUGACCAUACAUCACCCUGGCAACCGGUCACAAGGAAGGGGUGCUGAGGUGAAGACAGCCUGUGGAGAGACUCUCCUGUCUCCUACGGUGAAAAGAAGAAGAAUAAGCGACAGGUUACCCAGGAAGACCAAAUUGCUGCCAGCGAAACACGAAGAGGAGGAGUUUAACAUUCAAGGUUGUGGUCCAGAGGUCCUCCAUCAGUCGGUCUUCCUGUCUGCCGUGUCGUCACCGCCCACCUGUUGGGAUCAACACCGCAAGCUGCUGCCAGGAGUCACCAAAGUUCACUCCAAUGCCGUCCGCCACUGGAGCGUGCAGCAGGUGUGUGCGUUUGUUGAAUCACUUCCUGGCUGCGGGGACUUGGCCAAACAAUUCAGUGACGAGCAAAUAGACGGGCGAGCCUUCCUUCUGCUCACUCAACGAGACAUCAUCACAAUUAUGUCAAUCAAACUCGGUCCCGCCCUCAAAAUUUACAAUUCUAUCUUGAUGUUUAAACACGAUGAAUGCAAAUCACGUGAUGAAGACACGAACCAGUUGCGUCACAUGAACAAAGAACAAGCACUAGACCUGGACGGGACUCAAUCGCCUGACAAAGAAAAGAAAUUACGUGAAGCUCACAAGAACCAAUCAGGUGAUUGGGAGAAGAGCCACACACAAGAAAAGGACAAGAACCAAGCGAGUCAUAAAGAUAUUGAUCAAAAACAUGAAGUUGAUUAUAACCAAUCAGGUGAUGACGACAAGGCUCAAAAAUUCCAAAUUGAAGAGCACCGAUCGCAAGAUGAGAAUCAAUCACAUGAUGUGGAUAAGAACCAAUCAGGUCACGAAGAUACUGAUGAGAAAUCUGAAGUUGACAAGAGCCAAUCAGAAGGUGAACUAAAGAACAUAUCACAUGAAAUGGGCAGGAAUCAAUCAGACCAUGGCGACGGGGUUCAAAAAUGAGAAAUUAGAAGGUGUCUAUGAGAUGAUGAUUGUGAAAAUCAAUCACGUAUGGACAGAAACCAAUCAGGUCACGAAGGUAUUGAUCAAAAAGUUGACAAGAAGCAAUCACGCAUUACGUAGACAGGAACCAGUCAAGUGAUGAGGACAAGAAGCAACCACCCGACGACGAGAACCAAUCGGGUAACGAAGAACCACCGAGUUGACAAGGACGUUGUUGAGUUUCCUCCUCGUGUCACGGUAAUCGUUGACGUUUCCAUGAAAC